GUAAUCAGUUGAAUUUAGUGCAAACAAAGCGAACGAAACGAGGUUAUGGCAUUUAUAACGCAGCAUUUAGAUCAGAGAAGUAUCGGUUAAUUUGCCAUAGAAUGGACGAGAUCCAUGAGUAUUAUGAGUUUAUUUUACCGCUCAUUUUUGAAGCUGGAAAGAUAUUAAAGGGCGUCGGCGAUGUGAAGGGAGAAAUAAAAAACGAAGACUGGUGGGACUUGAUCACAAUAUACGAUCAGAAAAUCGAAAACAUUAUCGUCGAUAAAAUUAAACUGACUUACCCCGGUCACAGGCAUAUUGGAGAGGAAGAAGUCCAAAAGGCGAACGAUGGUGUUCCGGAACUCACCGAUGCACCUACAUGGAUAAUCGAUCCAAUUGACGGAACUCAUAAUUUCGUCCGAAAGUUACCGAUUAGUUGUAUAUCGGUCGGUCUAACCAUAAAUAAAGAGCAGGUGUUAGGCAUCGUAUAUAACCCUUACAUGGAUGAACUUUACACGGCCAAAAAGGGCAUGGGGGCUUAUUUAAAUGGACAAAGGAUAUACACUAGUGGUUGUAAAGAUAUAAGAAAGUCUGUUAUGAACUAUGAGAUGAGCAUAGCGAACAGAAAUGAAGAGUUUUACAACUUGUAUAUGUUUAGAUUUAAACACUUGAUUAAAGUCGUUCAGGGAUUCCGUUCCCUAGGGUGCAUCCUAGGAUCCUGUUACGUAGCAUGUGGUAGACUGGAUGCAUAUCAGAUAGACGGAGUCUACCCGUGGGACGCGGCCGCUGGAACGCUUAUUGUCAAGGAAGCAGGAGGACACGUGACAGAUUCCUCGGGAAAAGAAUUUAAUGUAAUGGAGGCGAACUUUUUAGUAGCGGCCACCGAGGAGUUGUCCGACCAGUACAUGGAGGUCGAGAGAAAAGCGGACGAGGAACGUAUUAAAUAUGAAAAGUUUAAAAGGGAUUUUAUACCGUAGUUGUUUUUAUGCAACAAUUAAAUUAAUUUAAAAAGAAAA